ACUUGAGCAAAAUUCGUCUACACCUUUUAGUAUUUAAUUAAGUUUUAGUGUUUAAUUAACAAAUAGUGUUAAUAAUUUUGUAUUUUUCUUGAAGCGUUUAUUGAUUUUGUCAAUUGGUACAAAGAAUCAAAGUGAAAUUCAGUGCUUUUUUCAAGUUUUUCCCUUCAUAGAAUUCAACACUUUUUGGACGAUCUCAAAAGGAAAAAAGGAAAACGAAAAUCAUUUUGGAUUUACGGAAAUUGGUAAUUUACUUCUAGUACUUCUAAUCAUCAAUUGUUGAAAAUGACAGCGAUUCAAAGAAAUCGAAUAAAAAAGGAAUUGGCCCGUUUAUCGGAACACCCACCAGAAGGAAUCUCUUGCUAUGCAAAAAAUGAUAAAUUGGAUAAUUUAACUGCUGUUAUCAUUGGACCUAAUGGCACACCCUACGAAGGUGGAUUAUUUCAAUUAGAUGUGAAUAUCUCCGAAAGAUAUCCAUUUGAACCACCGAGUGUGAAAUUCGUCACACCCGUUUAUCAUCCAAAUAUCGAUACAACAGGUUUAAUUUGUAUGGAUCUUUUGAAAAUGCCUCCAAAGGGCGGUUGGAAUCCAACAAUAUCUUUGGAAAAUCUCCUAACGGCUGUACAACUCUUAUUGGGAAAUCCAAAUCCAGAUGAUCCUCUGAUGGCGGAAAUUGCCGACGAAUUAAAAUACAAUAAAGCGGAAUUUGAACGAAAGGCAAGAAUGUUUAUGUUAAGUAAUUCGAACAGUAAAAAUUAAUUAUUAGUAAAAUUAAAUUAAGCUUACUAUAAGUGGCGAAAACAGUUUUAUAUUUUUUUAAAGCGUUUUACAAAUAAUAUAAUAUAUAAAUA